CCUUCUUUCUGCAGCCAUGUGGCUGACGUUGGUAAAUACAAACCUACGCUAAAUUUUUGCAACUCCAGCUUCACCGUGAGUUUUAACCGUGACUCCUGCGCGGCCGGAGCAGCCAGAAUGUCGGCGGGCGUCGUGAACCUACAGGCGCAGGUGGAGUCGGUGCUGGGAGAGCUGGUCAAGGCGGCCACGGUGGAGUUAACCAAACUGUUCGAGAGCAGGUACCGAGCCGCGGCGGUGGAAGCGGGCCGCACCGAGGACCAAAUGGAAAAUGAAAGCCCAGAGAAGCUGGAUUGUUUAUCGAGCGAGGACACAAAACGCAGCAUCGGAGUGCAAGUGGACAUUCAUCCGCCGCUGGAGCUUUGUGAUACCUCUUUCCUCUCAGAUGGGGAUUGUCUCAGAGAGUGGAAGGACGUGGUGGUGGAGGGGUGUCUCCUUCCCUCAGAUAUCCUACUGGCUGAAGAUAAUGGCCACGCUGACCCCGAGUGGUCACUUCUGAAGGAGCAGGAUGUGGAAGAGACCGUGGAUCAAGUGGAGCUGAUGGACUUUAAAGUAGAGCCUGACGAUGAUGCUCAGUCUGACGUUCUUUCGCAUGCUUCCUCAGAGACAUGGACAGCGAUAUCAAGCUGUGGAUCUACGCAGAGCUCACCAGAGAAACAGAAGCCUCUCAUUAUCCAGCCAGACACGAGUGACUCCGCCUCUGAGGAGAAGGUGAAAUUUGUUUGCCCAUUAAUCCUUAAGUCAGAGACUACUGCCCCCAACCCUGAAAACUCAGAGAAGCCUGUUCAAGCCGAGCCUCAGCCAGCCUGCGUCAGCACCGCAAAAGGCACCGCCUACAGUCCGUCGCCACUGGAUGGAGCGGUGACUCCUACACAGGUUGGAGUGUGGGAACGGAUCCACAACCCAAAGGAGACAAAGAACUUUCUCCAGAUGAAACUGAAGCUUGCCUCUCCGGAUCAGAAGCUGCUGAGUCCGUGUGCAGUGCAGCUGGUGAAUCUGCUCACAGUGCCCGAGACCAAGAUGGUGAAUCUGGCCGAUGCUGCUACGGCUCACAGCGCUCACCAGAAAUCCGGCUGGCCUCUGCCCAAAGACCUCCGCCGCCAUCAAGGUCUGCACACAGGCCAUCGCCUCUGCUGCUUCACCCAGUGUGAAAACGGCAUUUGGCGCCUCCAAAAGGUCGUGGCCCACUCCCGCGAUGGAUACGCCUGCAGUAUCUGUGCCAAAACGUUCAAGCGAAGGAAGAUUCUCCGGCGACACGAACGCUUCCACACCGGAGAAAAACCGUACUCGUGCUCAGCGUGUUCCAAGACUUUUGCCCUGAGAAAGAGCCUCCGACGCCACGUGAGGUUCCACACAGGCGAGAGGCCGCACAACUGCCCGCAGUGCGGCAAAAGCUUCCGUCUGCGGGACAAUCUGAAAGCACAUUUGAGAUUUCACACUGGAGAGAAGCCUUUCAGCUGCGACACGUGUGGCAAGAUGUUCAGGAUCAUGAGGAAUCUGGAGAAACACAAACUGAGCCAGUGUGAAUACUUCGUUCCCUCCUUCAGGACGAUCGCUGGGCUGAAGCUGGUUUAAACAGCUGUUCACGGCAGGUUGCACCGAUAUCUACCUCGGACUGGAAACCCACUGAAUUGCUUUUACACUAAAGCUGGCAUAAGGAAAGUUAAAAGCAAUAACAGAGACACAAACUAUGAUCCGUAUUGAUUCCUGAUAUUUGAAGACAUUCCAGAAGCAUUCUAAUGACAAUAACUGGGGUUGCAGUUUUGUCGAAAUGUUUUGUCAUUAAAUUCAUACUACUGAUGCUUUUGUCUUUUUUUUUUUCUUCUAUAUUUUGUUAUUCAUUGCCAUAUUUUUGCCUCUUGUGAUUGUGGACCAAAAGCAGGACUGAGAAAGUGCAGCAGUUUUUCUCAACUGUUAGCAUUAGACUUUCUGAGAAACACAUGAUCGCUCUGCAGGGAAAUCCUUUUGCACAGUUAACCGGGGAUGCGUGCUCUUUGGACUACGUCAUGUCUUGUAAACAGGAUUAAACACACCAGUAAAGUUUUAUGCUUUUAUGGCUACACAUAAAACAUCUGGUGGUUCAAAAGUUCAGAUACUCACCUGUUAUAUACUAAGUACUGAUUUUUUGUUUUUAAAGGCUUUAUUCUUUUAUAUAUAUUUUUUACUUUACACAUGUAUCUUAACGAGAUGAAUGUUUGACUUUGUCUUCAUGUUAUGAUUACUAGAAUGUCUGUAGAUGUCUUGUCAAGCUGAUUUUAUAGAAAAUCUGGAUGUAAUGCUGCUGCCUGCGAUGUUAAAUUUACACGUGGACACACUAACUUGAUCUCAUGCCCCUUUUUGCAAGAUUUUUUUAGAAAGUUUUUACAGUUAUUACAUUCAUGUAUACUACAUUAACAGAUGUGUUUUAAGCUUUUUAAACAUUUGCUGCCUGAUAACAUUUGUCUUGUGUAUUAAUAAAAAACAUAAAUAAAAG